GAGGGUAAGUUGGCUUGAGCGUUAAGGAAAAGUUAUACACGAAGGAAUUUAAUCCGGUUUUAAGAAGCUCGUCUGCUGAGACAUUUGCCCUGUACUUUGCAUACUGUAUGACUACAGUAAGUCCGUGGCUUUUCCCCUCUAGUAUUGGAUGGACCAGCGAUUCACUUCUAUCCCAACUGCAGUGCCAUCAUGAUUUUAUUGGUCCUAUUUUCUCUACUGGUGGGCAAUGGAAUGACAACCCCAUUGUAUCUUGCUGACACUUUUGGCAUACCAUUGCUGCGGACUUUAUCAAGUCUGAAAAGUGCUGCAUACCAAGAAGAGGAUAGAAGUAUAUCUAGAGACUUAGAGGUAGCGUUUAACAUAGGAUUAUUUGCGCUAUAUACGAUGGCCACACCUUUUAUAGAUUCUGUAGUUGCACUCUGUGUCGUCACCCCUUCUCUUUGUUCCAUUAAGAGCAACGGAAAUUCGAUUGCAACAGUCAACCCCCUGAUGGUUAAUGCAAAUUUAAGAAAUUUGGCAAGUGGUCAUCCCAAUCUGUUGAUCCCCUUCGCUCUUGAUCGUGAGCAACAAACCAAUUACUUCAAAUUCUCAAAUCUUUACCCACCAGCAAUGGUUGACAAUGAUGCUUACCCCGAUUAUCCAACACCUUCAUUUGCCAUUGUUGCCCCUUAUUUAAUGAAGGACCAAUUCCUUCCCGCUAUGCGCCACAACUUAAUGGUGAAUUUCGCCCAUCAUCCUCUUUCCAAAUUUUACAAUGUCGUGGAUACAGCAUUAGAUGAUCUUGAUGAUCCUCUUUCAUGAUGAGACGUAAUCUGUGAUGUGGACAUUUACCAGUGGCCCAUAUUAGCUCCACAAAUGAACGAGUUAUAAUAAUGUCAAUACAUUCGAUGUGUUUUUUUUUUUUUAUAUCUAGCUCGCAUAAUAUUGCACAAAAUGUUUUAUUUCUUUUGCUUUCACCAUCGAAAUACGUCGACUUCUUCACGAGACGUAACUGCUGGAUGUUAGCCUCUCGUCAUUACGAGGCUUCUUUCUAUAUAUCGUGAAUGAUGUUUAACAUGUCUUCAUUCAAAAUUGAAUGUAUGAUAUGCCGGCACUCCAAUCCACAAACACAGCAUUUGUUUGUUCAGCUAUGAUAUAUGCCACUGAAUAGAAUUGGUUUAAAAUCCAGAACUA